AUGUUACUGUGUGCGCAAAGGCUCGCCCGGUCACGGGCUCAUGGGCUACUGUGGCCGCGCUUGAGCGGUAGUCCUGGCUGCUUCCACCGGGGCUCGCAGACAUCUCGCAUAGCUAACAUAGUGCAUGCCUCAACAUCUGCGCCAUUGAACCAAGAUUCCCGCCUGGAAUUCCAGAAACUAGCGACCGAUCAGUCACAAUCGAACAACUAUUCCGCUUCGCACACGAUUACAGUACCCACUGGGGACGGGGAAGUACAGAAUCUCGGGGAGGCGGAAACGACCAAUACGACAACCGAUCAACAUGAUCCUGACAACCGAAACCCGAGCAGCGCUUCACGAAGCCCCCGGAGACCGAGCGCCUGGUCGAUAUCCAAAAAAGCGACCCGAAAGAUCCUCCAUUCACAAGGCGUCUCGCCCAAACUCGCCCACUCUGUCACGCGCCGUCUCAAUGCUCAAAUCCGACUCCGACAUAAACCAUUGAGUAGUAGAGAGUUGUACCUUGCGACUGUCAUUCAGGGCAAUUCACUCUACUCGAGGGAACUGGGACUCAAGCAAUGGAGAGCUGCCUACAAGGAAGUUUAUCUGGCCAAUCGAUAUGAACGUGAGAUUCAGAAUAAAAGUGUGCUGCCAGCAUUGAGAGAUGUUGGAAAGGAAAUACUUGAGAAGAUCCACACAGACUGCGAUGGUAGCUUUCGAGAGACUUGGAACGCGUUACACCGGACCGAAAAAGCAUCACAUUGGCAGCGCUUGGCUAUCUGGUUGUUGCAGCAUGAACCCGAGAGACUUCCGAAUUUCCUGAUUGUCACAACCGAAUGCAAGGAAAAACCAAACUUCACUAUGGCCUAUGACUGUCUUCGUUAUUUGGACAACUUUCACUAUGAUGCCUGGUUGAAAGACUGGCAAAGCGGCACCCACAAUUACCAGUCUCUGGUUGAGACAUGUUUGGACCCGCGGGAUUGGCCCCUUGUCUCUGUGACCCAGAAAGCCCCCCGACUUUAUAUUCGAAGAGCUAGCCAUGAUGGAGUUUUGUCAGCCCUCCGGAUUGUUAAGGAAAGGUCCAUCCGGAUAAGUGCAGAAACGGCAUUGUGUUUUAUGUGGCGAUUUACGGAAUUGGCGGACGUGGAGCGGGCACUUCAAGCUUUGGAAUUCAUCCCACAAAAGCAAGACGACGGCUUGACGAUACAGUCAGAUGAAGUUAUGCGACAUUGCUGCAAGCUUUUGACACUGGAUACGGUACAGGAUGGCUCAGCUGGGCGCAAUUUCAAUAUUCUUCCACGACUGUUGAAGAUGGGUGUUCGGCCAGACCGUGAUAUGAUGAACGUCGUCCUAUCCAAUGCGUUCAAGACUGGUGAUCCCCAGCUUGGUAAUGACAUUCUGCAAUUCAUGAAGAGCCACGAUCAUACCUUCGACGCAUACACAUAUACCACACUCAUGAAGGAUGCGGUUUCGCGCGGAGAUCGAGCCAAAGUUGACUCCCUGAUCCACGAUAUCGCUACAAAGGAUGAACUCCGUGAGAAUCCCUACCUUGCGAGCAAGAUCUUCCAUUCCCAUUACAUUUUCACAACCAAGUACAUGGACGCCGACGCCGACCCUUCACGUAGCUUCUUAUCAUUCCGCCUCACUAUACACCGCACGAAGGGUCUAACCUCCCCCCCUUCCCCUAUCGCGCUCUAUAUCAUGAUUGCGACAUUUUUCCGCUGCCAGAACCGCUUUUCCAAUGUGCAACGCAUUUAUGGCCAGUUUCGUCAGCUUGUGGCGCAGGGACACCCGUUGAUCUUCCCCUUGGCAAAGACCGACCACACCUAUAAUGAAUUUCUAAUCGCGCUUCGGAGCAAUCCGCGCGGACUCAGGCUGUGUAUCCAAGUCGUGGAAGACAUGUUGCAUAGUUCGUCUGCGAAACAGAAGAACAAGACCCCCUAUCAUGUCCAGCCUUCCAUGCGCACUUGGACUAUACUUCUUAGUGCCUUCAUCUUCAACAGACAGCCUCGCGCGGCGGACAAGAUCAAGGAAAUGAUGGCCAAGCACAAAGUCAAAUAUAACGACGUGACCUGGAAUGUCAUCAUCAAUGGUUACGCCAAUGCGCAAAAUAUUCCGCAGACAGCUGCCUCAAUUAAGGCUAUGGAACAGCAAGGCUUCUCCAUUGAUCCCUAUACCAUGAAAAGUCUACGCUAUCUGCGCGAUCCGGAGCGCCUUUGGGUUGCGAUUGAUGAGUUGGACGAGGCUGCCCCGGCCCCGCCCCAGGACAGCCAGCCAGCAGAAAUUGAGCCCAGCCCAGAACAUGAACCUGAGCUCUCCAGUGAGGAGCAGCGUGAGAAGGAGCUCGACGAGGGCCUUGGAAAAUUGGGCAGCAAGAUGAAGCCUAAGCUGUGA